AUAGAGAUACCCGGAGGUUGCGACCCAUGCAGAGAGGAGACCAUCGAUUGGUUGAUGCAGAGUGACAAACUGCUCACUAUUCCGCGCGUGAGUUUGGGGGAGAAGCAGAGUGGUCGCGUUAGCGAGACGUUGUCUGUAACUUCCUUCGCCUAUUUUUCUGGCAAGUCGCCAUUGGCACUGUCACAGUGUGGCUUUGCAUAAUUGCAAAUGAAGAGUCUGCGACGUGACUCUACUUGCUUCUUUUCGUCCGCUUCCCACCCUUUCACAAGUGCAGGAAAGAAGAGUCCAUUAAACUGAGACAAUGCCAUGAUGCCAGGGCUAGCCUGAGAUUUUGAAGAGGAAUGCAAUGCCUCAAGACACCUCCAGCUUUAAACUAUUUUGUAUUGUCUGUAUUUGCCAGGGUAAUUGCUAAUACAGAAUGUCUGUGAACCACUUAUUUGGGAAUAAGAAAAGAAACAGCUCCAUAUUAUAUGGCAUGGAUCAGGCAAAAAUUACUUCUUCAUCCUCAUCUUCCCAGGUAGCUACAAACCAAAGUAAUAUUGGAAACCAUGCAGAUGGCUUUCCGCCAAACAAGCGUUACAAAAGACUUGUUCCCAAUGAGCAGAAAGAAAUGGAAGAUCCUUUUGGGGACAACAAUGACUUUACAGCUGAUGACUUGGAAGAAAUAGAUAUUAUUGCUUCCCAGGCGUUUACACAAAAUUUUUCUUUGCCAACAAAUGUGAAAUCAGAAUGGAAUUCUGACGUAUCUUCCCCACUGAAUAACGACAGCAAACCUUCCAAUCACAUGAAACAAUCAAAUAUCGCCCUCUCUACUGGCAGAAAAUUCCAAUUUGCAGGUUGUAGUACAGAGGAAACAUCAACAAAAGAUAAAUUUAGACAUGAAACUCUUCAAGCGCAAUAUGAGGAAGCUAAGAAAAAGCUGCAAGAAAUGCAGGAUGAAAUCCUUAUUAAAAAUGGGGAAAUUAGAAUUUUACGGGACUCCAUGCAACAGAUGGAAUCUACGGUGGAGGAGCAGAGGAAAGCGCACAUAUUACUGGAAGAGGAGAAAGAGCAAUAUCUAAGAGAAAAAGAAAAGGAAUUCUCUAAAAAGUUACAGUCACUGCAGUCUGAGCUGCAGUUCAAAGAUGCUGAAAUGAAUGAGCUGAGAACGAAGCUUUUGAACUGUGAAAGAAUUAAGUCUGUUAUACCUUCCAUUUCAUAUACCAGUCCUAAGAAGAGCCCUUCUAGCAUUGUAAAAAUUGAAGGAUGUGCUCAAAAUGAAAAGCAAAGUUAUCCUACAAAAGAGUCUUUUGGAUCUGAGCUAUCCCCCAAACCAUCCUGCUCAAAAACCCUGGUAUUUUCCCAACCUCUGUGCCUUAAUAAAGACAGCAAAAAGCCCAGCCUUGACACUAAGCUUGUGAAGCAAGAAAUGAGUUACAUCUGUGCUCAGAGACAAGGUUCUAUCUUGGUAACAGCACUGAUGAAGCAGCCGAUUGUUGAGGGGUCAUCUUUUGGACUCUGUCAUCUUCUUAGCAGUAAUAUUGAAGCUCCACCUGGGCCUAUCCUGCAGCCUAAUUCACUUAGCACAGGAUGUACAGGAAUCUACAGUGAUAGGAGUUCCUGCUCUGAAGAACAGGAAAGGCAAGAGGAGGAAUCAUUGAAACUUGCUAAAAAACUUGCUGUAACUGGGCUGAGUUUGAUUGCUAUGGAUGACGGCUCAUUGGACAAAAGCGCCGAGGAGAACAAGAGACGAAUAUCCCAUCUUAAAUGCUAUAAAGUCCCCGGGGCAGUUCACCUGCUUCCUCUUCUGGAACAUCACAUUGGUGCAUACUGUCAAGCCCUUCAGUUAACGUUGAAGACUGGAAGCACUUCUUCUGGAAACCAGUCGGCUUCUUCCAGAAUUUCUUCAAAUACAAGAUCAAGUGUAGAUGAUUUUCAAGCUAACCUGGAAGAGUUUGCACUUGCAUCUCUGGGCAUUCUUUAUUACUUGGUAUUUUACAGUUGGGAUGUUGUUUGUACACUGCUUUCCUGUAAUAGGACACCAGACCGUGAUUUGGGAGGUAUGGAAAUUGUGGAAAAGGACAGAACUGUUUCUUGUCUUCAAGAGCCCAACCCAGAACUAGAUGAUACUAACAAUGACAGAUACCAACAUCCUUUGUUUAAAAGCCUGUUGUACCUCUUGACUUCAUGUACUUCAGCAGUAGGAUGUCAAAGGCAUUGCAUCCUAAAUCAGUGCCUCAAAAUUCUGUUGAAAUUAGCUGAAAAGUCAACGGUGGACUUACUAAUGAGCUUCUCGCCUUUGCUGAAUAUUCAAGCACAGGCCCUUCUCCGGUGCAUAUCUUCUGAAGCUCCCGUGUUUGCUGUCCAUUUGAUAGUUAGGCUGUCAAGUUUGCUUGUUGAACACCAGGAGUUAGCUGCUCAACUCUGUACUGCUUCAGAAAACUGCCUCCUCUUGGCCCUGUACAUGUACAUCACUUCACGACCUGAUAAAUCGACAUCUGAGAUGCUUUGGCUUCAGUUGGAACAAGAGACUGUUCGCUUCCUAACCAAAUGUAUGCAGUGCUGUAGUAUUUCUCUAGUUGGAAGAGACUGUCAAUGCAAUCGUGAGGUAGUGAAGGUCCUUAUUGUAAUGUUACAUAGACAGUGGCUGACUGUCAGAAGGGUGGAAGGAAACUUGUGUGAUGCACGUGGAAGGCAAGUUGUUCAGUUUUUACGGGACGCUGUUUUGCUCUUGCACAGUCUGUCUCAAAAGGAUAAACUGUUCCAUGAUCAUUGCCUGGAAGUCCUUCAUCAGUAUGAUCAUGUCAUGCCUGGAGUCAGAACCAUCCUUAAAAAAGUUCCCAAUUUGAAAGCCUGUGAAGAGCUUGCACUGGAUGAACUGUAUCCGUUGGAAACAGAAACUGAUGAUCAAGAAAUGGAUUGCAGCUAAUCUUAUAUCAGUAACUUCCCAGAAAAGUAUAAUUUUUGAAAUUUAACUAGAAUGCAACUUUUUUUCUUUUAGUAAGAACUGAAAAAUAAAUGAAAAGCCAGCCAAUUUACUAUAAACUGCCAAUGUAAGCAUUAUGUUGAGGCUUUAUUGGAUGGAUUUCCAGUCAAAUUCAGAAUAAUGCAACACUGAUAACUGAAAAAUGUGUUAUUAACAUAAUGAAUCUGAAAAGCUUUGUAUUUUUUUAAAGAGUAACUGUGUGUGGCAUUUGGAAUGCUGUUUUCUCUAGAUCUCAAAUGGCCCAAUUCAGUUGGGGGGUGAGAGAGCUAAAUCCACUUGACCAGGCAGUGUAGGCCUUUGCUGACACAUUUGCCCCAUCCACCAGCGCUAGGGACACCCAUGCCAGCAGAGAUGGCAAAGGCGCUCAUGACCUCAGCUUCACAGCAGUGAAAUCUGGAAGUCUGUGCUGCACUGUCGUCCUGAUCAGAUGUCAGCAUGGGAGGGGCAGGCUGGGGUGUUUCCAGGCCUGGAGUUGAUGCUGGUUGGCUUCCACCCCAGGUAUGUGGCUAGCUGCACCAUGGUCUGAGUCCUGGACUUAUGCCAAACCUUUUGGUGGUAUAAGUCCUUUAAAUCCUAUGGAGGGCUUUCCAGCGGUGUGUGUGUGCCUUUUUCUUUCUCCCUGUGCUGCCAGAAAGCCCUCUGGAGACGACAGGACGGUGCCACAGUGGCACUAUCCCUGGCCACUGGGGGCUCUGGCUUGGACUGAAAGGCUGUAGUCCUGUGCACUUUUACCUAGGAGUAAGCCCAAUUGAAUAAAAUUAGGCUUAAGUCAAUGCACGUAGGAUUGCUUUGCAAAUAUUUAGGAACUUUCUCUUCAAUAUAAUGUAUAUUGUUUACAAUGCAUGUAUGAUUAAACAGAAAGCAGUUUUUAAAAACAAAUCUUUUAAACACAUAUUUCACAUACUUAUUUUCAGAGUGCUCAGAUUUUUAAAAAACGGGUUUUCCAUCAAACAGUUUGAUAUAUAUAAUUGUAAUAUGCACAUUAAAGUGGUUUUCAAACUUUGGAACAACAUGUACAUAACAUGGAAGAUGCACCAGUCCUAACAAUGUCAUGCUAAAGCGCGAUAGGCAGUCCCUGGCAGAUGUGCCAACAGCAACACGCCAGACCCAGGGCCAGAGCUCUGCCCAAGUGACUGAGGCACUGACAGAACUGCUGAGGGCCCUCAGUGCCGAAGGAGACAAAACGCUUAUGCUCAUCAUUAUCUCCCAGACUUGCCCAGGCAUUUUCAAAUCCCAGGUGAAUUCCUGAAAUACUGUUGCCGCUAUUAGAGCUCAGCUGCAGCUAGUGUCUCUGACAAGGUGCACCUCUAAUUUUGCCCUCCUAAUUUGGCUUGCUGGCACACCAGCAUUAUUACAGAUUGACAUUGCAUUUUUCAGCACUUCAAGCCAAAAAAAUUUCUUACCCCUAUGCAAAAGGAAAAUGGGAGGGAACACUAUUUGUUGUUCCCUCUGUUGUUCAGGUGAUGAGUUUCAAGCACAUUCACUUGCCCUGUGUCAUCGCUCCUUUCUCAUCUUAUUCAUUUUUCUGGGUGUCAAAUUUUCGGGGUUAUCGUUUGCAAAAUGACGUAAUAGUUCCAGAAAGUUGAAUGCUGAAAACUUUUUGAUAUAAUCUUCUCUGUGAUCUUUGAAUGUGUAAAGAAAUGAAACAUAAAGAAAAUAUGAAGGGGCAGCAUAUCAGGACAGCAUACAGUGACAUAAAAGCAAACCAUUGGCAUUGGUAGAGGAAUAAUCCCAAUGAUGGGGAGAUAGGAGGGUCUUCUCAGUAGUAACUGUUCAGCUAAUUAACACAAACCUGGUAACCUGCUAUCCCAAAACUCAGGUUCAUUUUCUACCUCCUUCUGUAUUUACUCCAGAAUGUUGGAAUCUCCCUUGUGUGUACUCCUUCAUGGAGGUCCUUAUGGGCCUGCAGAAGCAUCUGUUUUCCUUCAGCCUCUGAAGAAGAACAAAUUUGGAAAAACUUUUGUAAAAAAAAUUCUAUUUACUAAAAUUAAUGUAUGUCAUUUAUCAGUGGUACUGCUGUAUCUCUUUAUGCAAGAAUGCCGUAGCUGUAUUUUUGAAGAAAAAAUAUAUACAAUGUCUUAGAUGCUU